AAUUUAUUUUUCUUUUUCAAAUGGCGAAACAACAGUUGUCAAGAGCUUGAUUCCAAAUGAUAGAGCGUUUACUAAAAAUUAAGGAAAAAAUAAAAAAUAAAUAAAUUCGUCGGGAAAACGAAGAAAUACAGAGGAAUAACUUAAGUAUUUUGUGAAAAUUAUUACCUCUACCAUAAUGGCCGCCUUAUUUCCACCUGCUUCAAUGCUCAGAAAAGGCAGUCUUCAACCACCUAGUCCAGAAUACUAUGGGACACCUAGACUAACUAGGGCAUCGACUGGGCAACUGUGGCAUUUACUAAGAGGAAAUGCAUCUUUAAAUGAUACUACGACUUCUAUUUUAAGAAAUUCCUGGAACUCAUCAGACGGAAAUAUUGAGUCGACAGAGCUUCGACGAGGAAGUUCAAGUUCAUCUUUGAAACCUGGAAGUCCUUGUUUGUCAAGCGCAGAUGAAUAUGAUUUUAUUAUUCCUCGGUCACACAGUCUACAACGUCAAUUAAAUCUUGCAAACACUCCCGUCGACUUGGGAAAGCUAGACAUUAACCAAUAUAUUGCAUCUGAGGAGGUCGACCAAGAAUAUGCUUUUCAAACAAAGAUAGGCCAUAUUACAUUCAGCAUAAACUAUAAUAAAGAUGAAGGAAAACUAAAAAUUACUUUAAAAUCGACAGAAAUUUUUUUGAAGCCUAGCGCAAGUGUUAUUGGGUGCGAUUGGAGUUGCGAGCCAGUGACUUUUAUGGAUUUUUUUCCUAAUAUUAAAAGACCUUUAGAAAUUAGUUACGGUGUUGAAAACAGUCUUAGUUUAAAAAAAGAAGAAUUAAGUGAUAAAACGUUACGGUUUAGCAUAUAUGAUGUUAAAAGGAAGCAUAACCGCUUAGCUAUUGGUCACGUACUUUUUCCACUUCGCGAAAUUUCUGAUGUUGAAAAAGUUAAUAUUUUUUCUAAAAAGAUUAACUUUUAUUCUCAGCCCGCAGGAUUUAACAAGGGGAGCAUUGAAAUAUCUUUAGCAUGGAUAUCUUUAGCACAAAGACUUGAUAUAAAGAUUGGGCAAGCUAGCAAGUUAAAGUCUCCGUAUGGCGCUGAAGGAAAUGAUCACUACGCUAAACUUGAUGUGUUUAUAUUUGGAAAGAAAGAAAAAUCGUUCAAAACCUCGACGCAAAAAGCAAAGCCUGAUAUAAACUUUCGAGAAAAAUUUUCUGUACCAUUAAGUUCGUCUCAACUUAAAGAUUCAACAAUUGCAUGCAGUAUUUACAUGAAGCAUACAAUGAAAAAGAUGAUUUUAAAUAAGAUUUUAACAGGAAAAACUAUAAUUGGACCAUACAUGUUGCGCGGCGAAAAAACAUUUACUCAGUGGGAAAACGUAAUAGCAAACCCAUCACAAGAAUUUACUGAAGUUCAUACUCUGUAUUUGUAGAUAAGGAGGUUUUUGGAUUAAAGUGUGAGCAAAUUGGACGUUAUUCAUUAAGUUAAUGAAUGAAUGAUAAACUUAAAGUUGCAAUAAUGAUAGCGAAACUUUGGGUUCUUAAACUAAAGAUGAAUAAAAACAAAAAACAACAACAUACAAACAAAUUACUUGAGUGAAAGUUAUAAAAAAUUGUACGUUUUUAAAUAAUUACAAUUUUUUAUUUUCCGAAAAAGAGUUAACAUGCUUUACUUUUAUAUCAAUUAUUUAAAAACAUGGUCUAUGCUGUUACACAAUCAUUUCAAUCUCCUCAGCCCCACAAAAUUGUACUUAUUCAAGAUUCAAAAAAUUCGAAAUGGUUCAUUUGUAGAAGACAAACUAUGAAAAGACAAGUUUUAAAUUUUUAAACCCUGUUAUUUAUUUUAAAAUUAUUAUAGAAUUAAUAUUAGAAAUAA